AUGCCCGCACAGCCAAGCUCUGCAAUAGUCAAGCUUCAUGCGGAUAUCCUAGUGUAUCUUUUCACAAUAAUUGCGCAUGUUGAUCCUCCUGGGUUACAUUCGCUCGAUGAGUACCGUCCUAGGGAGUUUUUCAAUCACAAGCGCAAACCUUUACGCCUUGGAUGGACACGCCUGACCCACGUCUGCUCACUAUGGCGCAAGAUCUUGAUAUACGAUCUUCCAUCCCUCUGGGCUGAGAUUGUACUCGCAUUUCCAUGUGAGAAUGCCUACGCCGUCAUACUUGAUCGCGCACGAAGCCUUCCCAUCACCCUCCGCCUGCAUCGUGACGCACAACAUAGCGCCAAAGCAUCCCGUGCAACUACGUGCGACUUCAUCCGCACUCACUGCGAGCGUGCUCAGGUUCUGGACCUCGCCGUAUUCCAUCCUCCGGAAGACUGGAGUGACCUAUUCAAUCACCGCGUAUUGCCACGUCUACGACGUCUGCGCCUCGGAGAAGACGCUCAUUCGCGCGACCCGGACAAUCCAGCUCUGCACAUCCAAGCGCCAGUUUUAUUGUAUGCCCAGAUCCAUGGGGGGCAUUAUCCUUCAAUUGCGUUGCAAACUCCUCUGCUCGUUCAUCUCGAUGUCAUGCUUUCAGACUCAUUCACAAUGCGACAUCUACUAGAUAUCCUGCUCCAAACUCCAUUGCUUGAAGAUCUUCGGAUACAGUCCAUACUAUGGCUUGAUGGGCCCCAUUGGUCUGCGACUGAUGAUGACCGACGACUUUCUCUUCCGCGCCUUGACAAGUUGGGUGUUACUGGAUGCAUGGAAGACUUUCUUCCCGCCAUGCGCCUCUUCUCGCGCUCAGCGUCCAUUAGACAGCUGAACGUGCAUGAUGUCGGCCAAUCCGAAUGUGCCAAGCUGCAGGAGGCCCUUGACAUGCUUAUGCCAAGCCUGGCUGCAGGGGAGUCUUCCUUUAAUUCCCUUUACAUCAGUUUCCUGGGCACUUUUCAGAUCUGCGCGUUCAACUGGCAGGAACGUGAACAUAGUGACGAGCUGCAUCGCCUCUUCAUACCCCCUCGCCACGCUGUUUAUUUUCGAGCCCAACUCUACUGGGAUAUUCCAGCACGAGCUCAGCUGGCUUCUCAAUUCUGUGCGGCUCUUGCGCCCGCUAAGAUCGAAUCUCUCACGAUCGAGUGUUCGUGGGGCGAGUCGCGAGCUUCAGCGAUGUGGACCAAAUUUUCAUCCGUAACCGCCAUCACAUUCAUCAUCCAUGCCAGUGGAGACUCGACACCAGGGGACAUGCACGCGAUCGACAUCAUCAGGGAGAUACCGACCUUGGGCAAUGAAGCACCCCUCUUCCCUCGUCUCUACUCCCUCAGAAUAUGUGUUUGCGGGUACAAGAAGAAUGGAAAAAUAGACCCCAAUGACUACUAUUCGGGCUGGUGGAACAAUGUUAUUGGCGCAUUGGUAGCGCGUUCCCAGACCGGCAAGCCUAUUCGUCGACUGAUUGUCUGUGAAGCAGAGGACGAUCGUGGGAUCGACACGGGUUUCAACGGAAGAGAGCGCGCCGCUGCGUUGGUAGAAGAGCUUGUGUAUAAGUGA